GACACGAGAAGCCAGUAGUAGGCGCUGUGAUGUGUUGAGAACUAAUAAUAUGUAUAAUGGCGCCUGCGCCUGGGGUACCACGCACUGGGAGGCUCUGAGAUAUACGAGAAACCAGUAGUAGGCGCUGUGGCGGGAUGAGGGCGAAUAUGUACAACGGCGCAUGCGUGUCGAAGGGAUUCCAUCCUGUCUUAAGGUUAAGGCGGCCAGACGCCGAACUUCGAGUCAUGAUGUUACAGGAAGCGAGCCAGGAGACGAGGAAUCCAUUACAGAUUUUACAAGAAAUGAGCUCUUGGCACUCAAGACUAGUUUUGCAAGACCGAAGUAUGCCAACACCUAUAGAAUGGAACCUUACAGGAAAUGUGAGGCUCAUGUAGCAAGGAAAAAAGUGGAAGAGAUCCUGAAGAAUAAACUUAAAGAUUUCAAAUAUCAAGGUUCCAAUGGUGCCUCCACAUGUACAGAACUCACAGGAGAAAUAUUAGCAGCUGUCAAGGAGCUGGACUUUGAUCGCUACAAAUAUAUAGUCCAAGUAUUUAUUGUAGAAAAGACUGGACAGUCAAUACAUAUUGCCAGCAGAUGGGUCUGGGAUGUUGCAAGAGACACAUGGAUUCAAGGUCAAUAUGAAACUGAGGACUAUAUAGCAGUGGCUCUCAUAAUUGCUUGUUAUUAUGAGUAAAUCUUGGCAAACAACCACAGUAAUGUUCAAGUUUUUAUCUAUUAUAAUAUGCUAUGUUUGAUCAAAUAAAUGUCGCCAACAUUAUUUUUCCA